CCUUUUCAGAAGAUAAUCCGGCCCUGUGGUUCAAAUGCACUGCCCGGCGAGACUGACAGGAUGAACUUAUCAACACAAAAGAGAAAGAAACUCAAGAGCUUAUUCGUCUCGAAAACUGCUAUUGCUGCUGUUGCUGCUACCAUCGCAAACGGUGGGCAAAGACGGCUUCCCAGGGCGCCGCCGUCGGCCAAUCUUCAAAGCAAUGUAAACUCUCAAACCCAAUCUGUAUUGUUUACCCUUCCAGCUGAAAUCCGGUCUCUGGUUUUCACCUACGCGCUUACUGAUUACGAAGAUACCACGUUGAAUGCUUAUGGCACUGAAACCGAUUAUUGGUAUCGUCCCGGGUACGCAGGGCGGCGCUGUACAGCCACCGAGCUGCUUCGGGUUUGCAAACGCGUGUUUCAAGAAACAUGGUUUCUUCAAUUUUCACUUGCUGAACACUCGUUAUAUUUAACCCAGGAGGGGCGGGCUCCGGUGCGAGCUCUAGCAACGCAAAUGUCAGUGGACCGGAUGAGAAGAUAUCUCAAGGGCCGGCGGGCGUUUGCACAUAGACAAGAUGGAAUGGAAAUACCGCGGAUUCACCAUGUCAGAGUAUUCGCCCAGCCGUGGGCUUCGGAAUUCCCUGCGAGGCUGCAGGAGCUGCUUAGGUUGCCGGGAUUUGAGCCCAGGGUUGUGACCAUUACCAUUAAGUACACGGACUUUUUGGGUUGGUGGAACAACAAACUCCUGCACGUUGACGCGCGUUGGAUGAACAAGGUCAGGUUCCCACGAGCAGUCGAGGCUAUUAAAAUGGAUUUUUGGAUGAUCGAUCGCCGCAAGAACGAGAUCGAUUAUAUCGCAGGUGCCGCGGUGGAAAACUGGUUCUUUCGGCGUGAAGACGGGGUUGUUUUCGCAGCCACCGGGCAAGACGUAGCGAUCACCCGAUGGACAGGAAGUUCAACUUGGGCUAAUCGGCGCUGGAUCAGAGACGAGUCGCGCCCGAACGAAAUCGAUUACUAUACCAAAACAGUGACCUGGAAGCCGGAUCCAGAGGUGAAGCGAUCAGGACCGUGUCCGGACCUGGAAGUGCCAGACAGCAUUGCACGCGAGCCUCUUCCGAAUAUUGGAAAAAUCUCAUACGUUGUACCUGAAAAAGUGGCGGCGGCCAAAGUGCGUCCUGAUGCAUCUCCAGAGCAAGUCGUGCACGCCCUGACACCAGAAAUAGGACGAGGAUGGUGCGGGACAGGGAGAGGCGAUCGACUGACCGGACUCCCCCCCUUUUUUUUGGCCCAAAACGAAAUCUCUCCGAGUCUCCAAAGCGGAGCGAGCCCCGGUAUGAAUGGCGUCAUAUCGAACUCCAGCCAUAGAUCGGCAUUUACACCAACGGCCACUUUAGACGCCAUGUCUGGAUACGUGGGAGACCUCUCGGGGGACCAGGAGAAGAAGCUAAAAGAACUUUGGACCCUCCUGUUGACACCGACACUGUCAUUCCUGGCCACGACGUAUGGGAUCGAGCUGCCGCCAGACAAGACCUCCGCCACGUCUAUAUUCAAAAUCCUGAGCGAGGUUCAAGAGCCUACUGCAGAAGCAGUGAUUGCUGCCUUUACAAAGGCAGCAUCAGCAGAUGAAACAACUACAACAAACGGUACAGCGGAGCCAGACCAGGCCGCCGCCGCUGGGGCCAGCACAAAUGGAGCUGCGGAGAGGUCUUCUGAGAAGCGGGAGGCUCCGGUGACCAAUGGAGAGUCUGAUACAUCGAAACAAGAAGCCGAGGACAUCUCAAGCAAAAAUGUGCCCAAGGAAAAGCUAUCUCCUUUGAUGGCCCAUCUCCGCCAGACCGACCUCAAGGAGGGACAACUCAAGUCUAUCGAGAAGAUCCUAUCCAGCAUGAGCCCGAAAGAGAUGGGUUGGACUUUGUUGAACAUGGUCAAACAAGACAACCCCGAUGCAGUUCUACUUCGCUUUCUCCGCGCUCGCAAGUGGGAUGUCAGCAAGGCGUUUUCCAUGAUGAUCUCCAACUACAUCUGGCGCGUCGAAAGCCAGGUUGACGAGGAAAUACUACCAGGUGGUGAAUUGAAAAGCUUAAAACAGUCUGAGAAUAAAUCAGACAAGAACGAGGAAAAGAAGGGAAACGACUUUUUAUCCCAAUUGAGAAUGGGAAAGGCCUACCUACAUGGUACUGACCGAGACGGCCGCCCAGUCAUUCGCGUCAACGUGCGCAUACACAAACCUGGUGCACAAACCGAAGAGGCGCUAGAGCGCUAUAUUCUCCACGUCAUAGAAAUGACGAGGUUGAUGCUAAAGCAACCCGUUGAGACAGGCACUAUAUUGUUUGACAUGACUGGGUUUGGACUUUCUAACAUGGAAUUCCCACCUGUCAAAUUCAUUAUUCAGUGCUUCGAGAGCAACUACCCCGAGUGCCUGGGUCGCUUACUGAUUCACAAUGCGCCAUGGGUAUUCUCAGGUGUCUGGAGACUGAUCCGUCCAUUAAUGGACCCUGUUGUGGCAUCGAAAGUGCACUUUACGAGGAACAUUAAUGAUCUCUCCAACUUCAUCGCCCCUGAGAAUGUUCUCAAGGAUCUCGGCGGAACUGACGACUGGACAUACAAGUACAUUGAGCCAGGCCCUAAAGAGAAUGAUUUACAGAACGAUACAGAGACCCAAAAUGAGGUUAUGACCGAGAGAAUGUCAAUCGCGCUGGAUUUCAUCCUGCAAACUUCCGCAUGGAUAGCAGAGACCAACCUCGCAAGUGAACCGGCAGAUGAGACUACUGUUCGUGAAACCAAAGACCGACGUGCUGAUUCAAUAGCGCGGCUCCGGAAAUCCUAUUGGAAAAUUGACCCUUAUAUUCGAGCCCGGUGCCAGAUGGAUAGAGAAGGCGCUAUAGCCUCGGAGGCAGAGUGA